GUCUGUCUAGUCAAAAAUAGACUCAACUGCUCCGCUGUGAAAACUAUAUUGCCCGCCUGGGUCCUUAAUUCAAGCACUCGGUCGCUACAGUGAUUGGUGGAUACAUUUUAAACAUGAAUUGUGACACAGCAGACAUCUUUCGACAGUUUUGCACGGAGAGCGAUUUUCUUCAUCGGAGGCAACAACCAGUGAGCUAGCUAGCUGCUUCGCCGCGAACGUCCCGUCCGAUUGAGCUCGCUCGUCGUCCUUCCCUCCUGGUUACCGUAACGUCGUUGUCACACAGAUUAGUAUAACGCCAGGCUCUCAGACCGGUCAACGCUGCAAACCGAAACGGCUGAAAACGGAGCCGCUCGGUGGCUAACAAGCAAAGCUGCAGUUCCCCGGGGUGAAAAAGAAGACACCAGUCUGUUGUAUAAGCUAAAAUUAACGUUGGAGUUUGUUUUGUUGCCAUGGCCGGUAGUUUCCUAAACACGGAUGAGGCAUCUCCCCCGGCUCUGACAGACCUGUGCCUGACCUAUGUGAACCAAAAUCUGGAGUUGUUCUGUGUGAAGCGCCCUGAUGGCUCUCUGUGCUUCAGAGAGGCUGUACUCUUCCCACAGGAGCUAGCAGACCAGCUGCUGGCCAAGAUGGCCACUGAAGGUCUGCUGAAUGACAGCACAGUUGGUGUAUUUCGGAACUGUGAAUACCUGCGGCUGAGACGAGCCUGCAUCCGCACAGCGCGAAUCUCUGCGGAGGCCUUCCAGAAAGCCCUGUGCGCUCACAGACUGUUGGAGCUGGAUGCUGCCAGGGUCAAUGCAGACCUCACUAUUCCUGAUAUUCUGCACGGGCUGGCCACCAAUAAAUACUGCCAGGAGUCCCUCCAGCGACUUGUCUUAACAGGUCUCACCAUGUCCUCUCUGGAGGAACCGAGCCGGUAUCGCUUCAGCUCCCUCCAAGGCCUCCGCUCCCUCUCUCUAGCAAAUGUAGACUUCUAUGACUCUGGACUUGUCGACAUGUGUUCCCUGCCUCGGCUGGAGAGCCUCGAUCUCUCCAACACUUCGGUUACCAACCUGAGCCCCCUGCUGGGCCUGAAGGAGCGGCUGCGUUCACUAACACUGCACCAACUGAAAAGACUAGAGAUGAGCACUGCUCAGCUGCUGGGAGUAAUAGGCCAGUUGGAUGUGUUGCAGCACCUGGACAUCAGUGAUGACAAGCAGUUUACCUCUGACGUGGCUCGUCAACUGCUUGGACAGCCAGGGAUCCUGCCUGCUCUUGUUUCCCUGGAUGUGUCAGGGAGGAAACAGGUGACAGAUGCAGCCGUCAAGGCAUUUGUUGAGGAGAGACCAGGGAUGACGUUCGUGGGACUUCUCGCCACAGAUGCUGGAUUUUCUGACUUCCUGUCUGGAGAGGGAAAUCUAAAGGUAACAGGAGAGGCCAACGAGACCCAGAUCUGUGAGGCCCUUCGUCGCUACAGUGAGAGGGAAGGUUUUGUGAGAGAAGCUCUGUUUCAUCUGUUCAGCCUGACUCACGUCAUGGAGAAACCCAGGCCUGACAUCCUUAAGCUGGUAGUUCUAGGUAUGAGGAAUCACCCUGCCACUCUGAAUGUCCAGCUGGCAGCCAGUGCCUGUGUGUUCAAUCUGACGAAGCAGGACCUGGCAGCAGGAAUGCCAGUGCGACUGUUGAGUAGCGUCACUCAGCUUCUACUUGAGGCCAUGAGGACUUUCCCCAACCACCAACAGCUGCAGAAGAAUUGCCUGCUGUCUCUGUGCAGUGAUCGCAUUUUGCAGGAGGUUCCAUUCAACAGGUUUGAAGCUGCCAAACUAGUGAUGCAGUGGCUCUGCAACCACGAAGACCAGAACAUGCAGAGGAUGGCUGUGGCUAUAAUUUCCAUACUGGCUGCUAAGUUGUCCACAGAGCAGACGGCUCAGCUCGGAGCAGAGCUGUACAUAGUGAAACAACUGCUUCACAUUGUGCGUCAGAAGGCUUUGCAAGGCAUGGUGGACGCCACCCUCAAAUUUACGCUGAGUGCACUCUGGAACCUCACUGAUGAAUCACCAACCACCUGCCGCCAUUUUAUCGAGAACCAGGGCCUGGACCUGUUCAUUAAAGUUCUAGAGUCCUUCCCCAAUGAGUCUUCUAUUCAGCAGAAGGUUCUCGGUCUGCUGAACAACAUAGCCGAGGUCGGGGAGCUCCACGGAGAGCUGAUGGUACAGGGGUUCUUGGACCACAUAAGCACCCUGCUGCACAGCCCAGAGGUGGAGGUCAGCUACUUUGCCGCAGGCAUCCUUGCACAUCUGACGUCACGAGGCGAGGCAGCCUGGACGCUCAGCCGCGACCUUCGAUCCUCCCUGCUGGAGCAACUGCAUGCUGUCAUUAUGAAGUGGCCGCCGCCUGAUUGUGAAAUGGUGGCCUACAGAUCAUUUAACCCCUUCUUUCCCCUACUGGAGUGCUUUCACACCCCUGGUGUCCAGUUGUGGGCGGCCUGGGCCAUGCAACAUGUCUGCAGCAAGAACGCCCCUCGCUACUGCAGCAUGUUGUUGGAGGAGGGCGGCCUGCAGCAGCUGGAGCAGGUUAAUACUCACCCACAGACCCACAAAGAUGUCAAGCUGUUGGCCAAGAGCAUUCUGGAGAACCUGCAGCACCACAGAGCCCGCACUGGCCAGCCUGCGCCAACACAGACAAGUCGCCGCCUGCCGCCACAAUAACCUCACAGAGAAAAUCAGGCUUCCUGGACAUAAGCUGGGGCCCACCACAGACGGGACUUUGUAUGUGUGUACACUUGAUCAAGAACCCCUAAAAGUAAACGUUAAAAGGACAAAGACUACGCAGUUCUUUGCACACACACUAACCUUAUUUAUUUUCUUUGUGUUUUAUCAAAACAAAAAUAGUUCUGUGUGCGCCAAUCUUGUGAUAUAAAAAAUGUAAAUAGGUGAGAACGGUCAGUCCGUUAAGCUCAAAAUUCUACAUGAAGCUUGUGUCUGUGGUUCGCUCUGUUAGUCUGACAUAGGCAUCAUGAUUAUUUUAGUGCCAAAAAUGUGAGCACACAUACAACAUGCUCAAGUUUAAGAUUGAACCCCCGAAAGCUCCGCUUAGGGUUGACACUCUCCGGCUCCUGUAUCCUACUGAGGCCUCUGGUUGUCUGAAUUGGUUGCUCAUUAGAUAUUCGCAUGGCGCUGCUGUGAGCUCACGCAUGCUGGAGUUUGUCUGAAUGCUUGUGCUGUUCAUUUCGGGAAUUCCUGCUUGCUUGUUGAUAGCAGUGGUCUGUUCACUGGAGCUUGCGCCUCUGGGUCCCCAGUACUGCUGUUGCUCUCCUCUUCAUUCAGUCUUUUAUCAGCUAAUGCCUUUGAUUUGAUGUGGCAGGACACUUUCCUAGGGUGUGUUCAGUGGGUUCAAAUGUUCCAAACAUUAAAGAUUUAAGAAAAAAUUAAAUAAUAGAGAAGUUACAUCUCUUUGAGAAGCUCCAGUGCAUUUUCUUUUCUAAACAUUCAGCAGCCAUAAAUCAUGUCAGUGGCAAAAUCAGCAGUGAUGUAGAUCAGAAGAUUCACAUGAUAAGUUGAAAUUAUACCUUCAGUUAUGGCUGAUAUUAUUGAAUAUGUCUGGACACAAAUGGCAAUAAUGAAGUGACGUCAAGAUGGAUGUACAUGUGUAUGGAGUCACAGCUGUUUUCUCUUUGAGAAACUGUAUAUAUUGGUAUGUUCGCUGUGGUUCCCAAUGCGUCCGACAGGCGUCUUAAAGACAGAGACAGCACUUCGGUGUGAGCAUGCAUGUAUGUACGUCUGUACAAGUAGCUGCAUCUGAAAGAGUGUAUGUAAUUGGUACAUAUUAGAAAAUAAGAGAAAAAAAGUAGCUGUUUGUUCAGAACUGGUUGAAUUGGUUGCAUGGAAAUUAUUAUACUGUUCCACUGUUUGUUUACAUUUAUCCGGAGAGAGUUGGGGGGUGGGGGGGCACAAUCUCCUUUUUUCAUCUGAAGUCUUGAUUCUUGUUAAGGACCCACCAUCCUUCUCUAUGCAAACAAAGCUAAUGUUGCUUCUACAAACUGCUGUCAUGCCCCUGAUACAACCGUGAUGACUAAUUUUUGAGGCAAAGUGGGAUUUGGCUUCUGCAGGAAUAACUGUAAGACUUGUAUAGAUCACUUGAUAUUAUGUUAAUGGAAAUAAAAACAAUCUAUUGGGCUAAAUGGUACUUUACAUCACCGCAUCUGCUCAGUGAAUUAUGGCCACAUUGUUUUCUGUAAAUCAAUUGUUGUAUGAGCUUGGUAAUUAUGCAUGUGUCCUGAGCUGAUCAGUUUUAACAAGGGCAAAGAGCAGCAGACAACACAGAAUCUGUUUUUGUAUUUUUCUGUUGCUCCUGAUAUGUGGGGUCGAUAAGUUGAGCCCCCGCACAUCACAGGCCAGUUUGAUUUUUCACAAGAAUUUAAUUCAGAUGGAAGAUGCAAAAAGCCCAGGUAGUGUGUGUGUCUGCUAUGACUGUGCCAUGUUGCUGCUGAGAGUCAGGUUUUCAAGUUUGGAAAUAAAGAAUGUACAUUCCCAUAAACUGGA